AUCACAGUGGCUGAACAAGUGAAGAAAUCAUGAAUCAUCAGUGAGGGCCUUAAAUCGAAGCUCAGAUUGUUUAUUUCAGACGAUGUGAUUGUUUGCCCCGUUGUUGGCAGCAGUUUAUUAAAACCGGCGUAGUACUCGGGUGAAGUAUUGAAGUUGUUUGUUUGAACGUUGCAGAACAAGUGGGCUAAUCUUUUUUGGUGGUUUUUAACUCCAGCUAGCUUAACCUACCAAGCUCAGUUUAAACUUGUGCACUUUUGUGAAAGAUGGCUGACAACGGAGCACACCCGGCUGAAGAGGACCCAGCCGCAGCUUUCCUGGCCCAACAGGAGAGUGAGAUAGCGGGGAUAGAGAACGACGGAGAGGGGUUUGGGGCGCUGGAAGGAGCCGGGGGUCAGGAGCCGUCUCCGCCGCAACCGGCCAACUAUGACGACUUCGGAGACGAGCCUGCCACGGUGAAUGGAGACAUGUUCCCGGAGUCCAAUGGGCCAACAGACAACUAUGCAGCCAUCGCCCAGGUGGAUAUUCAGAGGCAGGAGCCAGAAAGUUUACGCAAGUGGAGGGAGGAGCAGAAGACACGCCUUGAAGCAUUAGACUCGGCAUCCAAGGCGGCAGAGGCAGAGUGGAGAGAGAAAGCCAAAAAGGAGCUGGAGGAUUGGCAUGUACACCAGAAUGAGCAGAUGGAGAAGAACAAGGCCAACAACAGACUCUGUCCAAGUCUGGCACGGAUUGCUGACAAGGCUUUCUACAAACAGCCCAACUCUGAUGUUAUAGGCUUUGUGGCAUCCGAGGAGGCCUUCCUGGCGGAGAGCGACGGCGACAGCCCGGGGUCCGAAUGGGAGAGAGUAGCUCGUCUCUGUGACUUCAACCCCAAAACCAACAAGCAGGCGAAGGAUGUUUCUCGAAUGCGUUCGGUCCUCAUCUCUCUCAAACAGACGCCUCUAGCUCGCUAGAGGACGCCGCGGGGGGAGAAUUUUGUUGUAGAAACAUUGCCUUUUCACUUUUAAUCUCACAUUGCAUCAGAAGAAUUUGUAUACCCUUUUCCAUAAAACUCCUGGUAUGUUUAUAACCUUUAAAAAAAACAAAAAAACCCUCCUGCCUUUCUCGAUGCCUAAUAUAUUCAAGUAAUAUACUUAACCUGAGGCUCUUGUGAGACGAUGGACUGCUCAAUUGUUACAACAUCCUAUAGCUGGUCAGCUUCAUCACUGCUACACUUAAGAAAAUAUUGUUACUGUAAGUUCAACAUUUUCCUUUCCCCUUUAACUUAUAAAUUGUUAUUAGGUCAACUUUAUUGCAUGCCUGUGCCAAUAUUUUGGAUGCACAGAUUUUAGUUGUUUUAUAAAUUUGCAUUUUGGUCAAACACUUACUAAUGAAGCACUGCUGCGGAUUAGAUUGUAACCACGUAUGCCUCUCAUCGAUGUAGAAACACAAACACUUUGUUCACAUUUGUUGUAUUAUAUCCCCAAUAUUUAAGGUAGCUCGCAUACUUUUCUGUUACACAUAAAUAAGCUUGUGGCCUUUUUGAUCUAGCUCUUACUCCAGUUUGAGUAUUCAGCCAGAUGGAUUUUCUCUCCAAUUAGGCAAGAUUUUAGCAAAAAGAAGAAGAAAAAAAAAUCACAACCAAAGAUUUCUGCUAUCACCUAAAUUUCACAUGAUUUACGGCUUGUUUCUCAUUUUAGCGACUGAGUUACACCAACACAUUUUAGGUUUAUUUUAACAAAACAAUAAGCUGUCAAUUUCAACAGUGAUGUCUGCACAUUGUUUCACAUGUUGCCUAUUUGGACUCUAUGAAUACUGAAAAAGUGAAUGUUAAAAGGGAACUGGAAAAUAAAAACAGUGGAGUAUGAUCACCUCA